AUGAUUGUGUUCGGGAUUCUCCCAUCAUUUACUGGGAGAGUAAAGGCAGACACAUUUGCUCUGGGCGCUGUUGCAACUCCUUUCCAGCUCUCGGGCGAGCAUGCGGCAAACAAUAUCAAGGUCGAUUGGAGCCUUGUGGCUGGGGCUUCAAGCUACCAGAUAUUCCAAUCUUCGAACGCUGAAUCAGGCUUUCGUCACACCGCAACUGUUCCUGGAAACACGUUCGAUGACUAUGGUCUUAGGGUUGGGGAAACGUACUACUACCAGGUCCAGGCAUUUGCCAGCAAUGGAACAGCACUUGGGCAAUCCACUGAAGCAAGUGCUGCUACAUUUACGGUAGAAGAUGAUUAUGACUCGUAUGAUAACACUGUACUGGAAACCUUCGUGCCAAAGUCAAAUCUGGAGUCAGGGGGUCUAUACUACCAGUAUAACUAUGAAUCGGAUGCCAAUGGGUUCCUGCAGUUCGUUCAACAAACCUCAACUGAUGGGUUCAAUUUUGCCGGCAAUACUACGGUCCUCAACCGAUCAGAGGUAUGUGCCUCAGUCCCUGGGGGAUAUUGCAUACUGCAAUCUACGAACAUUGUAAAGAACCCAACUACGGGUAACUUCGUUAUGUGGGCGCACCUUGAAAAUAACGUGGACUACACCCUUGCCCAAGUCGCGGUAGCGGAAGCUGUCCCAGGUCAGCCGUUUACUUUCAUUGGAACAUAUCAGCCUGAAGGUCAGCAGUCUCGAGAUCUGACCUUCUUCGAAGACGUCGACGGCUCUGGCUACCUCAUCUCGACCGCGAACAACAACCAAGAUCUUAACCUCUACCUCUUGUCGUCGAACUGGACCACAAUCAUCUCCUGGCCGGCCAUUCUCCUCGCCGGCCAGUCACGAGAGGCGCCAGCAAUGGUGCAUGUAGACGAUUAUUACUACCUUUUCACGUCAAAUACCGCUGGAUGGUACCCCAGCCAAGGGCAGUACAUCUCAGCAUCGGAUCUUGCCGGACCUUGGAGUGAAUCUCGCGAUAUUGGCAACACGGCAAACUUCGGUGCUCAAUCGGGCUGGAUUGCCACUUUCGGCACCCAAAUGGCCAUGAUGGCAGAUCGCUGGGGUGCCGAGUGGGCACCCCCAGAAGAAUCCAAUUCUCAGCGGAUGUUGCCAAUUUCGUUUGGCAAUGGGUACGCAACGUAUGGAUUUUACGAGACGAUCAAGUACAACGUGACUAGUGGUGGCAUAGUUCCGGUGCAAUCGGGGAAGAUUCUGUCAAUAGGCAAGCCGGUCAGUGAUAGCGGACUGAGUACGGAUGCACCCGGCGACGCGGUGACAUACGCAGCCAGUAAGGCCAACGAUGGAAUCCAGACUGAUGAGGACAAUUACUUCAAGUCCAACUUUGUGCCUUUCUGGUGGCAAGUUGACCUCCAGACCAAUGCAUCAAUCAGCCAGAUCGACAUGACCACAAAUCUGGUCAAGGGUUCCGAGACCUAUUAUGGGUACACAAUUAUGGCCAGCUGGGACGGUUCAUAUUACAUUCAGCUUGUGGACGGGUCGACCAAUACUGCAGUAGGAUUCGUGAGCAAUAAGAUCAGCAGCACUUACAAGUUUCGGUACAUUAAGGUCAAUGUGUACAGGGUGGUCAAUGUCCAAAAUGGCGGAGAGGCUGACUGGGCAAGAGGCGUCGAUGAAAUUAUGGUAUAUGGCACCACUUAACCGCUUCUAUGCAAUCGCGACGAUCGCUUGUGUGGAUUCGUCCGCAAUCCAUCUGCAUCAAACUUCUGCGUUACCUACACCACUACAAGCGACACUGCCACUUCAAGUUUCUCCAACCGAUAUCUCAUAUUGCUCAACCCAUCCGUCACCAAUAUUCUCAGCUUCUUCUUGCC